AUGCUGAAAAACAGAGCACCGUCUGCCAUAACGCAGCCCGUGGAGACUCGCGUUUCCACGGCUGUGAUGAUGCAGAUGAGCCCGUCACCUCGCUCGCCUGUGACAGAGGUGACGGGAUGCCGAAAUGGCGUAUGUUUUGCGCUGCGACCACAAGGGGGCGCCAAAAUGCCAUAUUCGGUGGAGUGGCCAGUGAGCGCUCUGUCUCUCCACAUGAAGAGCUGGGCCACCUGCACUCAGUCAGCAUGGGUGCUGAGGACAUUGAAAAAGGGCUACAGGAUGCAAUUCAGUGUCGCUCCACCACAAUUCAAAGAAAUUGUUUACUCUCGUGCUCCGGGCGAGUCUGCCAGUUUUCUCCUGGAGGAAAUUUCCACCUUGAGAGACAAAGGAGCUAUAAGAGUUGUCCCUCCCGAGGAAAUGCACAGCGGAUUUUAUUCAAGGUAUUUCCUUGUGCCAAAGAAACACAAGCAUGAUUCCAACUUCAUCUGGCUUCUUGUUGCCACCAUUCUGUCCUGUGGAUGGAUUAUCUAUUUAACUUAUUACAACUCACGCAACAUUGGCCUCAUUCUCACCCUCAUCAUCAACAGACUCUACAAGGAUGGCUACAUUCACAUCGGCUCCUUCUCCUUCUCUGUUCUGUCAGGGAAGGUCAUGUUCAGAGAUGUCUACUACAUCAACCAAGACAUGUCUAUCAGGAUACAGGAUGGCUUUCUCAUAUUUCGUUGGUGGAAAAUGUAUAAUCCAAAACAGAAACAACAUGAUCCCAAGGCAGAGACGAGGCUUUACGUGACUGUCAACGGCUUUGAGUUCCAUGUCUAUAACCGGACUGACCUCUACGCACGACUGCAGGAGACCUUUGGACUGGAACCCACGCUUCAAAGGCCCAAAAAAGAUGAAGAGAGGGGGCGAGAGGACAGAAACAAGACACUGGAAAGUGUCAACAUUAAAGCUGAAAGUCAGGAUCCCUCAUCAUCUUGGCGGUCCCUCAUUCCCGUCAUCAAAGUUAACAUCAGCACUGGCCGCUUAGCAUUUGGGAACCACUACCUUCCACAGACUCUGUGCAUGAACUUUGAGGAUGCCUGCCUGACGUAUGCCACCAAACCUCCCUCCAGCCACUUGGACCAGUACAUGCACAUUGUCAAAGGCUCACUGGAGAAUGUGCGGGUCAUGCUGGUUCCCAGUCCUCGCUACCUGGGCAUGCAGAAUGACGAACCCCCCAGACUGAUGGGAGAGGGCUUUGUUGUGAUGCAGUCCAAUGAUGUUGACAUCUACUAUUACCAAGAUGAACCAGGUCUGGUUCCUGUCGAGCAGGAGAGUGGCGAGGAAGCAGAGACGAGCAGUGAGGAUGAUAAGCUGCAGGACCUGCCUCCUUGCUGGGGUCUGGACAUCGUCUGUGGGAAAGGAACUGACUUCAACUAUGGGCCCUGGGCAGACCGGCAGAGGGACUGUCUGUGGAAGUUCUUCCUGCCUGCAGACUACCAGGCUAUGAAGGCAACUGAGGUGGCACAGCCGGGAAAACCCAGGCAGAUCCAGGCCUUCGAGCUUCGCAUGAACAUCAUUGCUGACGCCACCAUCGAUCUGCUUUUCACCAAAAACAGGGAAACCAAUGCCAUUCAUGUGAAUGUAGGUGCAGGCUCUUACCUGGAAGUCAACAUCCCCAUGACUGUGGGAGAGAAUGGAUACUCUCCCACCAUCAAAGGUCAGCUGCUUCAUGUGGACACCACCAGCAGCAUGCAGUACAGGACCCUUCUGGAGGCUGAGAUGUUGGCUUUCCACGUGAUAGCCAGCUACCCCCGGGUAUGGAACAUGCCCCAGUCGUGGCAGUGUGAGAUUGAGGUGUACAAGGCCACGUACCAUUUCAUCUACGCCCAGAAAAGCUUCUUCACUGAUUUGAUCCAGGAUUGGGCGAGUGACAGCGCCCCCGAUAUCUACUCUUUUGUGCCGUAUUCCUGGAAGUUCAAGAUCCUUUUCCAUCAGUUUGAGAUGAUCUGGGCAGCAAACCAACACAACUGGAUUGACUGUUCCACCAAACAACAGGAGAAUGUGUACCUAGCAGCCUGCGGCGAGACGCUCAAUAUAGACUUCACUUUGCCUUUCAAUGAGUUUGUUCCAACCACCUCCAUACCCGCUUCAGCUUAAAGGCGGAAGAUACAGACAUGCGACUUUCCCUGCCAGAGUGCCAUCCGAGCCGCUGCCCCCUGCUCACCCUGGCCAAAGACUACCAGAACAUGAAGCUGCCCCCAGACAUGUUCAUGCCGGGGGAGAAUCAAGGAG